AUGAGCUGCAUCCCUUACAACGUCUACACAAGAGAUGACAGAGACCAGAUACUCGAAGCCACUGCAUCUGCCAUUGAUGUGGUGUAUUGCCUCACCAUCGGUCAGCACGGGGGCCAAGAUCGCGAACCUCAUGACCUUAUCGAUGUUUUCCAAAAGAUUUCUCAACAACACCCGGAUGAUUCAUACCUCACUUCACUGGUGGAUUGCGCUUUCCAGUCUUCAGGCUCCGAAGGUGGUUCUGGAGGAAGCGUAAGUGCGGAAAAUGGGCCGACUGGUUGA